AGUAUACCUCUCUGAUUUCAUUUACAGGAAGAAAAAAAGAAGUUUGACAAGCAAACUGAGAAAUUUUGUUUAACUGUUCAAARUUAUCUAAACAUGUCGUCAAAGAAAAAAGAAACACAGCUUACAGAGGCAGACACACAAUUUGAAAAUGAGCGGGGUGUAUUCCACCAGACAGCUCUGGAUUAUGUCUUUAAACUACAAGAAGUUAAUGAAACGAAGAAGUUCCAGUUUGUUGAAACACUAUUAUCUUAUAUGUAUGCACAAAAGACUUUUUUUCACACUGGCUAUGAAGUCUACUAUAUAGAUAAGGAGGGAUACAUGACAGAUUUGCAAUUAAGGCUUCAAAAUACUAGGGACAGAUUUAGUGCGACCAAGGAACAGGCUGAAACACUGAUGAACAAAGUACAACAGAAAGCAAAGAGAGGGGAACUUUACCAUCAAGGAGCACACACAGGACAAGGCUACCUUAAUGUACAGGAGAAAAGAAAAGGUGGCCUAGGAUACACAUGGACAAAGCACUACUGCUACUACACCAAAGAAAAUAAAAUAUUAACUAUGAUACCAUAUGUACAGACCCAGGGCAGAAUGGUAGGUAUCCAUAGCAACCACUUAAAAAAACACCAAUAG